CAUUUGAUGGCCACGACAUCCUAUUGGCAAAGUGGAAGUAGAUCAGACCCCUCAUUCCUCAAGUGUUUUUUGCAUUUCUAAGACGAACUUUGAAUUUUACUUAUGUUACCGUUACACAAGAAUGAUAAAGAAUACAAAUAUGGUUGGAAAUUUUAUGAAACGUUGUCCGGAUGGCUUCGGCUGAUUUUUUCAGACCAAACAUCAAGAAGAUUAUUUGGAUUUCUGAUCUUAAAUUUGUCUUUUGCCUUUGUUGAAUUACUUUAUGGAGUAUGGACCAACAGCCUUGGAUUGAUUUCAGAUUCCUUUCACAUGUUCUUUGACUGUACAGCAUUAUUGGCAGGUUUGGCUGCCUCUGUGAUUUCAAGAUGGAGAACUAAUGAAGCCUUUUCAUAUGGUUAUGUACGUGCUGAAAUAUUAGCUGGUUUUGUGAAUGGACUGUUUCUGUUAUUCAUUGCUUUCUUUAUAUUUUCGGAAGCUGUCGAGAGAGCAGUUGAGCCACCAGAGGUGAAACAUGAACGUUUAUUCAUAGUAUCGGUGUUAGGCUUCCUAGUUAAUCUUAUCGGUAUAUUUGCAUUUCAACAUGGCCACUCACACUGCGGUGGUGAUCACGGCCAUUCUCAUGGAGGACAUGGCCACUCUAAUUCUGCUCCACAGAAAGUCGGGAUAGAAACGAAGCCCAAUCCAGCUCAGUCACAGAUCAUGGAGGGUGUAUUUUUACAUAUAUUGGCUGAUACAUUAGGAAGUGUUGGAGUUAUAGUCUCGUCAGUGUUAAUACAUUAUUUUGGAUGGAUGAUAGCUGAUCCCAUAUGCUCAAUGUUUAUAGCCGUAUUGAUAGGUAUCAGUGUACUGCCAUUGAUAAGGGACUCUGUUGGUAUAUUAAUGCAGCGUACACCAAAACAGAUUGAACAUUCUCUCUCAGGCUGUUACUCUAGAGUCAAUCAGCUGGAGGGUGUCUACAGUGUUCAAGAACCACAUUUCUGGACUUUAUGCUCAGAUGUCUAUGUUGGCACUAUAAAGUUAGAAGUCUCUAGCAAAGCUGAUGCGAAAUAUAUUUUAAGCUCCACCCAUAAUAUUUUUACACAGAUUGGUGUGAGACAGUUAUAUGUACAGAUAGAUUAUGCUCCGAUGUAAAUGCCAAAGGAUUUCUUCACAACAUUCAUUAUAUCAAUGGUCAUCUUUUUUUUCAUUCUUGUUUAACGGACUCAAAUUUACUUAAAGGAAAAUAUAUAUUUUUAAAAUGACAUCACUUGUGGUCUGAGAGUGUCUUCUAGUCGAAAUAAUAAAAAAUUUUUUUUAGAAGUUUUGGUUGAUUUUGAAAAGUUUGAUAAUAAAGAAAUAAAAGAAAAGGAUGGCCAUUCAAAAAUUGUCAAUUUAUUGUACAUACAUACUUAUACAUUGUACAUGUCAAGCUUGCUUUGGAUGUGAAAUUAUACCACACAUGUCAUAAAGACAUCAUUAUAUAAAAAAAAUAAAAUGGAUGAAGGGAG